UUUGGGGGCGGUGGUGAUGAUGUUGGCUCUUAGCUUCCUUCCCAGUGUCUUCCCCGUCGUCAGCUCCAUCACACCCUCGUUAAUACGUCAACAGAGUGGUGAGGCACGAGGGUCCAGGAUGAGGGCCGCCGUAUUUGUGGUACUUGGCGUCACAGCCAUCACCGCUCAGCAGAUGUCAACCCAGGAAACGGCAAGAGAUUCUACCUUGGAGUCCCGACAAGGCUUUGCUGAUCCAGCUCUGGGUCUACUAGUCUCACCACUCCAACAGCUGGCAUUAUCGGGUCAAAACUCCCUCCAACAGCUGGCAUUAUCAGGUCAAAACCCUUUCCAACAGCUGGCAUUGUCGGGACAGAACCCCCUCCAACAGCUGGAAUUAUCGGGUCAAAACCCCCUCCAACAGCUGGCAUUUUCAGGCCAAAACCCCCUCCAACAGCUGGCAUUGUCAGGACAAUACCCCCUCCAACAGCUGGCAUUAUCGGGUCAAAACCCCCUCCAACAGCUGGCAUUUUCAGGCCAAUACCCCCUCCAACAGCUGGCAUUGUCAGGCCAAAACCCCCUCCAACAGCUGACAUUGUUGGGACAGAACCCCCUUCUUUCGCGCCUACAGCAGCCCUUUGCUGGUGGGGUACAGGGCCUAGGAGGAGCACAAGGAUUGCAACAGCCUCUUCUACAAACCCUGGCGAGGCAGGGAUUCCCAGACACACAACUACAAGGUCUGAGAAGACAAGGACUUACAGCUUCCCAGUUGCAGGGCCUUGGCCAAGGAUUUUCAGGCAGCCAGAUACGGGGUCUUGGAUUUCCAGAAGCUCAGUUACAAGACCUGGGGCAAGGAUAUCCUGGCAUCCAGCAACAAGGUCUCAGAGGACAAGGACUUUUAGGUGCCACAGGUGAACUCAAUGGGUUGGGCAGGCUUAGUGGGCAGCUUAACAAUGGUCUGGGAAAUCAGCUUCCUGGGGGCUUGGGCGUCAAACCAUUUUCAGCACGGAGAGCUGAUCAGCAAGAGUUGGCAGAGUUAAUCAAAUUAGCAAGUUUUCUAGGUGAGGAUAACCUGGAACAUGGAAACUCCAGACCUCAACGCCUACAAGGACUAGACAGAGCCUCCAAAAACUACAUCACUCCCAAACACGACAGUAACGACGACGACGAACUGAUCCUUCUGCUGCAGGCGCUGGAGUCGCUGCCCUCCAACAGUCGUUUCCAAGCUCAGUCUCCCACAGUGAAAUUUCCACGUUCUUUGGCUCCUAACGUUGGCAUCGUCCCCGGCGGCCACCGUGGUCUGAUACGCCGCUCUGGGCAAGAUAAUAAAGAUACCGUGGCAGCCGGUGACCAUAGAGGCAGCCAGCCUGUAGGUACCUCUCACCCUGAUCCCUUUGAUCUGGUGUUCUCCCCGUCUAUCAGAAUAGCUAGGAGUCAACACCACGCACAAGAUCAGUUCAGAUUUCCAAAGUCUCAUUAAAAUUGUGCUGCAGAGGCAUUUCCAGGUAUGGCAUGUAAAUAUAGGUACAUUAAAAUUGAACAAUGGACAGUAAAUGUUACAUAUUCUGAGUCUCAGACAACAGUUGCUUGCAUGAUGUUUACAUUUCAUCUUAGUUCCAUAACUGCAUUUGAGAACUCCAAACUACUAAAGAGACGUCAACACAUUUAAGAUACAAUCCAUAAAUUAAUUAUUUUGAAACAGCAUAGUUUCCCUUCCAGUAAAUUAGUGAUGUAUGAUGUGUUAUAAGAUUACAUUUGUUUCCUUAAUUUAUGUACACAGCUGCAUAAUAUAGUUUCAAAAUUCCAUCUGGGAAUCCUUGUCAUAAUGCUUAUACUGUACGGUUAUUACAUUAUUAUUAAGUACCCCUGUAUUAUAAAUAGUACUUAUUUUGUUAAUCACAACUUCAUAAAACCUGGAAAAUUC